UUCGUGGAGGGACAGGAAAUGGGAGGGGCAUACGUACGCAUGAGGCCGAGAGCCGUUCUGGCCGACUGGUUUGCCUGCGAGGGUAAUAGGCGUCUUGUGGGUGAUUGGUGUGAUGCAGGCUUCUUGGAUGGAUAUUCGUUGAUGAUACCGAGGGCUUGCUGUUAACAAAGCGCCUUUGGGGAAUGUUAUUCGUGUUGAUACUUAGCUUGAGAUGACGAAAGAUUAUUGGGAUGGGCGCGUUUUGCACAAAUGGCAGGGAGUCGUGUCGAACCUACGGACUUAGACGGAGCAGUGAUGUGGUUAUGUCCGUCCCAGAUGGGUCUAGAGUUUGCAGGCGCGUUUGUGCGGCAGGCUGGUCAGGGGUAUUGACGAACCCGGAUGCAACGACCAACUGUGGAUACUGCCCCUAUGCGAGUGGCACUGAGUAUUUGGCUGGGAUGAAUAUUAAGCUGGGUCAGAGACAGCGUGAUUUUGGCAUCUUUCGAUUUUUAUUUUUUAUUUUAUUUUUUGAAUUGGGCGCUUGUUUAUUUCUUUAUAUACACUAUUCGCAUCAAGGGCUGGACCUUUGGGUUUGGGCCGAUCUUCAGGUCGUUGAGAAAGGCAUCAACGCAUUUAAGGAUAUGUUUAUUCUGGGAAAGGGCAAAGACAGCGAAGAUGCUGUUAGCAAUUAGGAAGUUCAUUGGUUAGAUACACUACACACGCUAUUCAUAUUAUAGAGCAGAGAGAUAACUGGAAUCAAGAUAGAAUGAAGGUUGGACUAGGUUCUGGAGGUGAUGACCGAUCCCGGAGGGAUCUAGGGAGGGAACCCCGUCUGGCAGAAAAGUCGGGAAGCCUGCAGUACCUAGCCUAUUGAAGAGGG